AUGGGAAGAUGCACCUCCCCUUUUACCCAAGCCACCCUCCUCUGGGACGGCCGCUUCAACGACUUCACCUCCGCCGCCGACCUCAACAAAUGGUCCUGGUCAAACCAAGUCGGGCCCUACCAGUACUACAUCCACGGCUCCUCGCCCGUCGACAAGUAUAUUUCCCUCUCCGAGACCUUCAAAAACCCCAACGACACGCGCUCCCGCCAGGGCGCCCGGUUCACGCUCGAUUCAACGGCGUACUGGAACGGGCAGAACAUGCGCCGCAUAGAACUCAUCCCGCAGACCAAGGAAGCCACCAUCAACAAGGGCAAAGUGUUUUAUCAUUUUUCGAUUAUGAUGAGGAGUGAUAAAAACCCGCCGAGCGUGAAUAGGGAACAUCAGAUUUGUUUCUUUGAGAAUCACUUUACCGAGUUGAAGAGUGGAUGGAUCUCGGGGGAGUCCGGGGGGACGGGGAAUGUCAAUUUGCAGUGGAUGACGAAUAGUCAGAGGAGUGGGUGGAAGACGGAGUGGAGGGCGGGGGUUUGGCAUAAUGUUGCUUAUGAGAUUGACUUCAGCGCCAACAAGGUCGGUUUGUGGCACUCCGAGGGUGGCGAGCCUCUGAAGCAGGUCGUCGCUCCUGUCUCGGUUUCGACUUCGUCUAACGGCGCGGACUGGCACUUGGGCGUCCUGGAGCUGCCGAGGAACGGGUAUAGUGAUACUACAGAGGACUUCUACUUUUCUGGCGUGUACAUUGAGACUGGUCCGAUCACUACUGCUAUUGGUGGUCCUUGAAGAAGGGAAUAAGAGUAGGGAUGUGAGGGAGUUGAUGGGGAUGAGAACGGCGGGAGUGAUGGGUAAAGAGACCGAGUUCAUUCUAUUGCAGGUUGUUUAGUCAGAGACUGACUAGAUACUGUCUUUAAAAGUUCGGCAGCCAAACAGGCUAAGAAAAUGUAGUUCUCUCCCAGACUCCUUUGGUAUAAAGCAAUAAGAAACUCGGCCGCAUAUUAAGCAAGACUGUCACUUGCUACUUUUACCACCACAGA